AUGCAGGAAGAGCUAGAUCAAUUUGACAAAAAUCAAGUGUGGAAACUGCUGCCUAAGCCUGAAAACGCUCUUAUAAUUGGAACAAAAUGGGUUUUCAGAAAUAAGCUAAAUGAGGAUGGAAAGGUUGUGAGAAACAAAGCCAUAUUAGUAGCUCAAGGAUACUCACAACAGGAAGGAGUCGACUACGACGAAACCUUUGCUCCAACAAAAUACAUAAAGGAGUUGAUUCAGAAGUUCGUUAUGAGUAAUGCUAAAUCUAUUGGCACACCAAUGAGUCCUUCAACAAGUCUUAACAAAGAUGAACAGGUAAAUCCUGUUGAUGGAACUAAAUAUCGUGGAAUGAUUGGCUCCCUUCUUUAUCUAACUGCUAGUCGAUUAGAUAUUAUGUUUAGUGUUUGUAAAUGUGCCAAGUUUCAGUCAGCUCCUAAAGAAUCACAUCUGACUGCAGUAAAGAGAAUUAUUCGAUAUCUCAUUGGAACUAUUUCUCACGGAUUAUGGUAUCCACGCUUUAACAAUUUUAAACUAGAAGAUUUUUCAGAUGCUGAUCUUACAGGUGAUAAGGAAGAUAGAAAAAGCACCAGCGGAACAUGUCAAUUACUUGGAAAAGCACUGAUAUCUUGGAAUAGUAAAAAGCAAGGAUCAUUUGCACUAUCCACAACUUAG